CAUUCACGACCCUACCGAAAAUUUAAAUCACUCACUUAUUUACAAUACUCUCAGCCAUAACAAAAAAUGUCAGUCGUUGUUUAUAUGUUGUAUAAAGUACAGAAAAUUGAACGUAACAUUUUUAUGAGAAAUAGUUUCUCAUAAACACUUCAUGAUCAUUGGUCGUUUUUUAUUUUGAUAAAUUCACCUCACUCUACCGAUCCACAACGGACUUAUACAGAGGCGAAACUCCGGCGUUUUUCGUGCUGAUUUCCAGCGCGUAUACAGUAUACAGAAAUGUUCCAUGAACGUAACUCAGAACUUCUGCGAUAUCGAAUACGCACAGGCACAUUACCCCAAAAGCAUACUAGUUUUCUUUGUGAACUAUGAUUGAACGAUUGUCAAAGAUCGAAUGUUUAUGUUGUUAAUGUUUGUACACAGACGAGAUAUAAGAUAGUGUAGUACCCCCCAGAGCUGUGACAAAAUUUUACAUUGCAUGUUAUGUCUAUCCUAUAUCUCGUCUGUGGUUUGUGCAAGAAAUCUGAUUUUUAAUGUAUACAAGUGUCAGAAAUAUUUAUAUAUGGAAUUAAUUUUGACAAAAUAUAUAAGUAAUCUAUCCAAAUUGAUAAAGUCAUCUAAAUGGAAACAUGAAGAAAGAAAGAACGGCCGAUAAUAGCCGACCAUAUAAAUUGGCUCACCAAAUAUUAAGCCUCACAGGUAUAAGUUUCCAAAGGAAGAGUAUUAUUGGCUUUGUUGAAUUGACAAUUGUUCCACUUCGAGAUACUCUGAGACUUGUGAAAUUAAAUGCAAAACAAUGUAGAAUUUAUAGAGUAUGUUUAAAUGAUACUUAUGAAGCACCAUUUCAAUAUUUUGAUCCAUUUCUGGAUAUUUGUCAAGGAGAUGGAAAACAACGAUCUUUGGAAUUUUUCUCAAAUAUGCAUUUAGCAGCAGCACAAAGAGUGGAUCCUGAUAAUAAUGCAGGCGAAUUAGUCGUUCAAAUUCCACCUGAUGCAGCGCAUUUAGUUGCUGAAGGUAGAAGUUUAAGACUUAGCAUUGAAUUUUCUUUAGAACAACCUCAAGGUGGAGUACAUUUUGUUGUACCAAAUUGCGAAGGAACUUUAGCAGAGAGAGGUGCACAUAUGUAUACAUAUAGUUAUGAAAAUUCUUCAAGAUUAUGGUUCCCUUGUGUUGAUAGUUUUGCUGAACCAUGUACUUGGAAAUUGGAAUUUACUGUUGAUGAUUCCAUGACAGCUAUAUCUUGUGGUGAUCUCGUAGAAGUUGUGUAUACUCCAGAUAUGAGAAGAAAAACAUUUCAUUAUGUUCUUAACACACCUGCAUGUUCUCCAAAUAUUGCACUUGCAGUUGGACCAUUUGAAAUAUUUGUGGAUCCAUACAUGCACGAAGUGACACAUUUUUGUUUACCACAAUUAUUGCCAUCAUUAAAAGUGUCUGCAAAAUAUAUGCACGAAGCAUUUGAAUUUUAUGAAGAAACUUUAUCAAAUAGGUAUCCUUAUUCUUGUUACAAACAAGUAUUUGUAGAUGAAUUGGAUGAAGAUAUUAAUGCAUAUGCCACUAUGAGUAUUUUAAACACAAAUCUGUUACACUCUACUGCAAUCAUUGAUCAAGUUUAUAUUACAAAAAAAGCUAUGGCUCAGGCUGUUGCAGAACAAUUUUUUGGUUGUUUUAUAUCUAUGCAAAAUUGGUCUGACACGUGGUUACCUAAAGGUAUAUCGACAUAUUUGACUGGUUUAUAUGCAAAAAAGUGUUUUGGAAAUAACGAAUACAGAGAAUGGGUUCAAUCGGAAUUACAAGAAGUUGUAAAGUAUGAAGAACAGUUUGGUGGCAUAAUAUUAGAUCCUUCUCAACCACCAGCUCCAUUACCUAUUGCUGCUAACACACCAGCACCCACACCAAGAGCUCCAGACCCUGGUUUCUAUUUCCCAAUAAGAAAUUUACAUACAAUGUCCCCGAAGUACAUAGAAGUACUUCGUAAAAAAGCACAUUUAGUAAUCAGAAUGUUAGAACAUCGAAUUGGUCAAGAAUUACUCCUACAGGUUUUCAAUAAACAAUUAUCUCUUGCCGCCAAUGCCGCGCAACAAAAGAUUGAUUCUGGACUCUGGUCCCAUAUGUUAAUUAGUACAAAUGUGUUUACCAAAGCUAUCUUUACAGUAACAGGUAAAGAUAUGGCAGUGUUUAUAGAUCAAUGGGUCAGGACUGGUGGACAUGCGAAAUUUAGUUUAAGUUUUGUAUUUAAUAGGAAAAGGAAUACGGUAGAAUUAGAAAUUCGGCAGGACACCACGAAUCAGAGAGGAAUAAGAAAAUACGUAGGACCACUUUUAGUUAACAUACAAGAAUUAGAUGGUACUUUUAAACAUACUUUACAAAUUGAAGGGACAGUUGCAAAAGCCGAUAUAACGUGCCACAGUAAAAGUCGUAGAAAUAAAAAGAAAAAGAUUCCAUUAUGCACUGGAGAAGAAGUAGACAUGGAUUUAUCUGCUAUGGACGAUUCUCCUGUAUUGUGGAUAAGAUUAGAUCCCGAGAUGACACUUAUGCGUGCUGUUCAAAUUGAGCAACCCGAUUACCAAUGGCAAUAUCAGUUAAGACACGAAAGAGAUGUUACUGCACAAUUGGAAGCUAUAGAAGCAUUGCAAAAUCAUGCAACACCUCCUACGCGAUUAGCAUUGACGGACACUAUUGAAAACGAGCAUUGUUAUUAUAAAGUUAGACUACGAGCCGCACAUUGUUUAACUAAGGUAGCAAACGCAAUGGUUGCAACAUGGGCAGGUCCACCAGCAAUGUUAGCCAUAUUUAGAAAAUUAUUUGGAUCAGCAUCAUGUAGACGUAUAAUUAAACAGAAUAACUUUUCAAAUUUUCAGCAUUAUUUUCUUCAAAAGACUAUACCUGUGGCAAUGGCCGGUUUGCGAAAUGCUCAUGGUAUAUGUCCACCAGAAGUCUUAGCAUUUUUAAUGGAUUUAUUUAAAUACAAUGAUAACAGCAAAAACAGAUAUUCGGAUAAUUAUUAUAGAGCAGGUUUAAUUGAGGCUCUUGGAGCUACUGUUACCCCAGUAAUUAGUAUACAACAAGGGACAGCUAUUUAUUCCAUUACUGCUGAAUCUUUAUCAGUUGACACUAAAGCCAUAUUAGAAGAGGUCACCAGAAAUUUGAACUUGGAAAAAUUAUUACCGUGUUAUAAGUACACCGUCAGUGUUGCUUGUCUAAAGGUUAUACGAAUUUUACAAAAAUUUGGUCAUCUUCCGAGUAAUCCCCACCUUUUCAGAGCAUAUGCUGCAUAUGGUCAAUUUAUAGAUGUCAGAAUUGCAGCAUUAGAGGCGUUGGUUGAUUUUACGAGAGUGGAUGGCAAGUGGGAAGACUUAGAAUUUCUGUUAGAUAUGAUUGAAAUGGAUCCACACCCCGGUGUACGGCAUAGAUUAGUUAGGCUAAUGGUUGAAAAUCCACCAUUUGAAAGAGCACAUAAACACCGUUUGGAUCGUCCUGAACUUGUUGAUCGUAUUUGGAACUUAAUUAAUGGUAUGCUUUCUCAUGACCCCAAAAUACGGUGCGAUUUGGUUGAUUUAUACUAUACUUUGUACGGUUCUAAACGUCCAUUAUGUUUGCCUAUUCCUGAAAUUGCUGCCAUUACUAAACCUAAGAAAGUGGGGCCACAAAGUCCCGAACAAGAUAUGAAACCAAACAUAUCACACGUAAAACAUGAAGCGCCAAUAGUGGAAGUGGAUAAUACAAGCACGUUGGGGAAAAGAAAACCUUCUCCUAGUCGAGAUGCUCCAGGCCCUUCAAAUUCAGUGGAUUAUGGCCCUGAAGUAAAACGACAAAAACAGGGCCCUAAUGAUGAACGAGCAAGUUCCGUGACUAGCGAUGGGAAAGUCAAAUCGGAAUAUUAUAGUGAUAAUUCUGCAUCAUUACCUGGAAUCAUGGGAACUCCAGGACCAGUAGGAUUUGAACCAGGAAUGUUCAAAAAAGAACUGGAUGAUCACAAACAGAAAAAUGAUUCAGCCAAUAAGAACAAGAAAAAGAAAAAAGAUAAAAAGAAACAUAAACACAAACAUAAACAUAAGCAUGAUCAUAAACAUGGUAAAGAUAAGGAGAAGAAAGACAAGGACAAAGACAAAGAUAAAGAGAAAGUCAAGGAAAAGGAAAAAGAGAAAGACAAAACUAAAGAUUCCUCUAGUUUAAAAAUCAAAGAGGAGACUUUAAGCUCUGCUAGCUCUAGUCUCAGUCCUGAUACAGCAACUGUCACUAAUGAAUUCAUUUUUCCAUAGUAACAAAACGAAUCAUCAGAUUAUAGUCUUUUAAGACUAAUAUUGUUUAUAUUUUAUAUAAUUUUUAUAUAACUUAAAACUUAUAUUCUAAUGUAAAUAAGAAAUUUUUUAAAUAUAUUGAUACAUAAUGUUUUUCUCUAAUUUUGUUUAAUAAAAUUGAUAAAACUAAGCUACACCAAAGAAUUAUUUAAAAUAUAUAUCUAUGUCCAUACUUUCAAUUACAACUUUUUGAGAACAGGACUGUGAUAUAAU